AUGGGUUCUCAGAUUUUGCUUCUCUCCUGGGUGGGGAGAGAAAGGGAUCUAACCAAGGCAAGGAAAAAUAGCUAUGUUUUAACGGGGAAGCAGUUCUCGAGCUAUAGUCGCACAUACAUUUGGCAACUAGUUCAUUUUCCUGAUAGAGCUUGGUUGCAAAGUGGGGAUGCCAAAACCAUUCUCAUCGCAUUCACAAAGAAAGCAGAGCAUGUUGCUCCAAGUCCUUUCAGGUGGCGAAAGCACCAUCACAAGUAUCUUUUCCUAGCCAAUGCGUGA